AGGAGGGGGAAGAGGACAAGGGGGAGGCGAGCGAUCGUUCGGGGUUAGGUUUGGGGGUUGUUGGUCCGUUCAGGGCGGGUGAUGACUCACGGCCCAUCCCAUCUUCCCGACGCCGCCCGCCCGCGCAGAGCUAGUUCCAUAGCUUAACGGAGGAAGCAGUGACGAGCGGGGGGAAGGGGGACUCUUAUUUUGUUAGGGGGACCGGGCCAAGGCCCGACCGGCCUGGCAGGGCUCGCCCGGGGCCGGGCGUCAUGUCUCAUGCUGCCGAGCCAGCUCGGGACGGCGUAGAGGCCAGCGAGGAGGGCCCUCGAGCCGUAUUCGUCCUGUUGGAAGAGCGCAGGCCAGCCGACUCGGCCCAGCUGCUCAGCUUGAAUUCUUUGCUUCCGGAAUCUGGGAUUGUUGCUGACAUCGAAUUAGAAAACAUCCUAGAUCCUGACAGCUUCUACGAACUCAAAAGCCAACCCCUACCCCUUCGCUCCAGCCUCCCAAUAUCACUGCAGGCCACACCAACCACCCCAGCUACACUCUCUGCAUCGUCUUCUGCAGGGGGCUCCAGGACCCCUGCCAUGUCAUCGUCGUCGUCAUCGCGUGUUUUGCUGCGUCAGCAGCUUAUGAGGGCCCAGGCCCAGGAACAGGAGAGGCGUGAGCGGCGGGAACAGGCGGCAGCUGCACCUUUUCCCAGUCCUGCACCUGCCUCACCAGCCAUCUCUGUGGUUGGUGUGUCUGCUGGGGGCCACACAUUGAGCCGUCCAUCCCCUGCUCAGGUGCCCAGAGAGGUACUCAAGGUUCAGACCCACUUAGAGAACCCUACGCGCUACCACCUUCAGCAAGCUCGCCGGCAGCAGGUGAAACAGUACUUGUCUACCACACUUGGGCCCAAACUGGCUUCCCAGGCUCUCACCCCACCACCAGGGCCUGCCAGUGCCCAGCCACUUCCUGCACCUGAAACUGCCCAUGCCACUGGCCCUACAGGCAGUGCUCCUAACAGCCCCAUGGCUCUGCUCACCAUUGGGUCCAGCUCAGAGAAGGAGAUUGAUGAUGUCAUUGAUGAGAUCAUCAGCCUGGAGUCCAGUUACAACGAUGAGAUGCUCAGCUAUCUUCCUGGAGGCACUGCAGGGCUGCAGCUCCCCAGCACGCUACCUGUGUCAGGAAACCUGCUUGAUGUAUACAGCAAUCAGGGAGUGACCACACCAGCCAUCACUGUCAGCAACUCUUGUCCAGCUGAGCUGCCCAACAUCAAACGGGAGAUCUCCGAAACCGAGGCAAAGGCCCUUUUGAAGGAGCGACAGAAGAAAGACAAUCACAACCUAAUUGAACGGCGCAGGCGAUUCAACAUUAACGAUAGGAUCAAAGAGCUGGGCACCCUCAUCCCCAAGUCCAAUGAUCCGGAGAUGCGCUGGAACAAGGGCACCAUUCUGAAGGCAUCUGUGGAUUACAUCCGCAAAUUACAGAAGGAACAGCAGCGCUCCAAAGACCUGGAGAGCCGCCAGCGAUCCCUGGAGCAAGCCAACCGAAGCCUGCAGCUCCGAAUUCAGGAGCUAGAACUGCAGGCCCAGAUCCAUGGUCUGCCAGUACCUCCUACCCCAGGACUGCUCUCCCUAGCCACUAGUUCCAUCUCUGACAGCCUCAAGGCAGAGCAGCUGGACAUUGAGGAGGAAGGCAGGCCAAGCACGACAGCAUUUCAUGUAUCAGGGGGACAUACCCCGAAGAAUGCUCCUCAGCAGCCUCCGGCACCACCCUCAGAUGCCCUUCUGGACCUGCACUUUCCCAGCGACCACUUGGGGGACCUGGGGGACCCAUUCCACCUGGGGCUAGAGGACAUUCUGAUGGAGGAGGAAGGGGUGGUGGGAGGACUGUCAGGGGGAGCCCUGUCCCCACUGCGGGCUGCCUCUGACCCCCUGCUUUCUUCAGUAUCUCCGGCCGUCUCCAAGGCCAGCAGCAGGCGCAGCAGCUUCAGCAUGGAGGAGGAGUCCUGAUCAGGUCUCACUCCUCCCCUUGGAUUUCCCCAUCCAGGGAAGGAGGACAGGCCUGGAUGAGACCCUGCCUUUUUUCCUACCCUCCUGUGAGACUGCCCAGUCCAGGAAAUCUGGGGGAAGAGGAGUUGCAAUCAGGCCACACCCCUGUAAUAGGCAAGGAGGAGGAAUCAGGUGAGGCCCCCCCCCUUUUCCAAAGGAACCGCCCUGCACAGGUAUUUCUGAGGGAGAAGGCAGUAGACAGCUAUGAAAGCUUAGUUUACUCUUGAGCAUUCACAGUCAUGCCGCUGGUCACUAGGGACCCUAUAAACAGGUCUCCCAAGGAAAAGAGAUGCUAGGAUGCUACUCCAUUCCUUCUCUGCAAAUUGUCAGUCCAGCUUUUCCUGACACUGGAACAAGACAGAUAAAAUUGAUGGUGUCCCAACCCUGUCCCUUCCUUAUCAUUCCCUGCCUUGCUCUAGCAAAGAACAGAAGUAAGGGUGUGAUCUAGCCUGUUCUCCUGGGACCCAUCCCUUUUCUGUAGGAAAAGUCCAGCACAGGUAUUUUAAGGCAUGAAGAAAUCCCUAAGCUCGAUUACCUGUGCAGAGGCCCCAAGCCCUGGCCUUUAGCAACAUCCCAUGCAAGCAUUCCUUUGAGCAGGGAGGAGCAGUUCCUAAAAUCCCUGCCUUAACCUGGGACCAACUUUGGACCUGACCUAUGAGAGCCCUGUGCUGACCUCCUUGGGGAAGGGAGUAGAUUUUGGAUUGACUUUGUAGACCUAGAUCAAGUGAAACUUAGAUUCUCACCCUUGGGAAGAUCUUGCCUUUUCUGCCUUGAGGGGUAGUUUGAGGAGAUGAUAGGGAUUAGUGUGGACUCAGUCUAGGCACCCCAAAAUACUACCCCAAUACUUCUCUUCAACUUGUAGAAAAUGGCAAAGGAAGGGUGUGUCCAGGCUGUUUCCCAGACCAGGGAAAGAUAGAAAUCUCCCCUAAAAGGCAGGGGCCUGGAGGAAAGGUGGCAAAAAUAUAUUGUACCCCUUAAGUGUUUUAAAAUUGGUUUUUCAAGACAGGGCUUCUCUGUGUAGCCUAGGCUGUCCGGGACUCCCUUUGUAGACCAGGGUGGUCUUGAACUCACAGAGAUCUGCCUGCCUCUGCCUCCCAAAGUGCUGGGAUUAAAGGUGUGCACCACCACCACCACCCAGGGUUAUGUGAUUUUUUUUUUAAAUUGACCUGCCUACUCAGAAGCUAGGUCAACUGUGACCGCUGCCCCAUCCACGCAGUUCUCCAUUUGGGGCCCAGCCCUGUUUCAGAGCCAGACCUCACCUAGUCUCAUCCUGGCCACCUACACCCAGGGUCUUCAGCUUUUAAGGCUGGGGCCAGACCCCAGGGAGGGUUUACUGAGGGAUCUGUAGGUUUGUGACUAAAAUAAUAAAUGCUAGGCGUGUUUGAUGCGCUUUUAACUUUGA